GGCUCUAGACCGUUGUGUGGGAGGGAGAAUGACAGCGGCUCUGUGCCUCUUCUCUUCAGCUUGUGCAGGAGGAUAUUUACACCGAGGAACCCAAACAACACCACACGUAUGAUGAGAAUGCUUUUUAUGCAAAGAAGGGUUGUGGUUACAUGGAGUAGCUAACAUGCCAAUAAGGGAGGAAAGACACAUUUAGUUGUUCGGGGAUCAUAUUUAUGACACUGUUAAAGAAGGCCUUUUCAGAUAUUCCAGGCCAAAAGAGGGACUAUGGGCUCAAAAGGAGUAGAGAGACGUAAACAGGCCACCCCUGGCCAGACUCCCGAGGGCAAUGUGGUGAUGAGCUUUAGUUUCGAGAGCUAUCAGCUGGAGGAAGAGGACUGUCAGGUGAAAGACAUCUCAGAUAAAGGAGUGCUGGCCCUUUCAGAACCUGCGUUUGAAGAACCUAUUCCAGAUGACCGUUACCAUAGGAUCUAUUUUGCCAUGCUCCUGGCUGGAGUGGGCUUCCUGCUGCCUUACAAUAGCUUCAUUACAGAUGUUGACUACCUGCAUCAUAAAUUUGAAGGUACUCCAUUAUAUUUAUGGACUCCAUAUUUUAGCUAG